GCUACAAAAGAGGCGAGACACCACCGCUCUGGCCUGUCCCUCGGGGAGAAGAGGCCAGACCCCUGACCCUCACCGCUCUCCAACAGGUUCUGGGUGCCUUCCUCUGCUGCGGAGGCCAGUUCCUGAGCCAGGGCAACCAAAGGUGUCACCAACGGCGAGGAUGCCCAUGCAGAGCAUUCCCUACCUGACUCCCGUGGCCCUGCGCCUGCCACCUGGGAUGCCAGAGUCCCCAAGCUACCAGCGGCGCCACACACUCCCUGCCAGCGAGUUUCGCUGCCUUACCCCUCAGGAUGCUGCCAGUGUGUUUGAGAUCGAGCGUGAAGCCUUUAUCUCUGUCUCGGGCAUGUGCCCCCUGAACCUUGACGAGAUCCAGCACUUUCUGACCCUGUGUCCAGAGCUGUCCCUGGGCUGGUUCCAGGAGGGCCGCCUUGUGGCCUUUGUCAUCGGCUCCCUCUGGGACGGGGAGAGACUCACUCAGGAGUCGCUGAUGUUGCACCGGCCCAGGGGCCACACAGCCCACCUGCACGUGCUGGCCGUGCACCGCACCUUCCGGCAGCAGGGCAAGGGCUCCAUCCUGCUGUGGCGGUACCUGUGCCACCUGAGCGGCCAGCCGGCCGUGCGCCGGGCCGUGCUCAUGUGCGAGGAUGCCCUGGUGCCCUUCUACAAGAGGCUCGGCUUCCACCCCGUGGGCCGCUGCGCCGUCACUGUGGGCCCGCUGGCCUUCACAGAGCUCCAGUGCUCCCUGCAGGGCCACACCUCCCUGAGGAGGUACAGCUGCUGAACUGGCUGCCCAGGGCCCUGGGGGAGACGUGGGGAGGCAGGCUGGGGGGUCCUCUCCAGCCCCCAGUCCCCUGCUCAUCUGGGAUUCCCAGGAAGGGGGGAGGGGUGAAAUAAAGAGAAC